AUGAAACAGGUUCAUUUGACACUAUUAUUGUGUCUUCUAUUGGCAAGUGGUGCCACUGGUCAAUAUAACCCCGCUGCCUUCUUAGGUCAUCGAUUUGCUGGACAACAAUACGGUACGGGACAAACAGAUUUAGGCAGUUAUGGUCUUUUUCCCGGAGCUAAUGCAUUUGGAAAUUUUGGUCAACAAUCAAAUGGUCGCUUGCCCAGCUCAGCUCGUACGGCUAGUGUACCAUCUGCUAAUAGUUUGGGACAAUACAGUCAACAAUUAAGUGAUCCAUCCAUAUCCGAACAAUCAAGUUAUACUCAACAAUCUGCUCAAACUACUGUUAAUCAACAACCAGUUGCUGCUGCUGAUGUUAAAUCAUAUGCUUCUAACGUUCAAUUUCCACAACGAGAUGUAUCUUAUGGUGAUGUUAGCAAUGGUGGUAUAUCGAAUGAUGAUAGUAAUAGAUAUAACAGACCUUACGCUGAACCUACUGGUGCACCAUAUGGUAUCCAAUCAACAGGUGAAAUUUUAAUUUAUCAACCAGAAAAACUCGAUCUUUCCAAAUGUGGACCAACACCAACAGUAAAUCCAUGUACACUAUUUGGUUCACAAUAUUAUCCAUUACCUGGUUAUCCACAUUGUUAUAUUCAAUGUGCAUUCGGACGUUUAUUUGUCAAACCAUGUCCAACUUAUCUUGUAUGGAAUCCACGUGUUAAUAUCUGUGAUUGGCCAAUAGUUGCUUCUCCGAUUAGUAAUGAUGAUUAUAGUACAACAUCGUAUGGUAACAGUGGAAGUAAGAGUGGUUCAUCUUCUUAUGAAACUAUGAACAAGAACUAUGCAAUGUCAUCAACUUAUCCAUAUGGACGAAAGAAACGUUCAACAAUAGAACGCAAGAAACGUAGCUUUGGAGCACAUUAUCAAGGUUUAACGUUACCAUCUGCUGCUUAUCAAUAUCCAGGUUAUUAUGCAACACCUUUUCCAUAUCAACCAGGUCCACCUCAUAUACCUGUGACACCUUUUAAUUUACCAGGUCCAGUUAGUUUUCCCGGACAAGUCGCAUUUGCAGGUAUUCCAUCUACAUUUGCAGGUUCACAAGCACCUCAACCAGUAGGCACUCCAUUAUAUGCUCCAACAGAACAAGCAAUGAUAACAUAUGUUCAAGCAGCACCAGCACCUGUACCAGUUACUCCAGUAACACCAGCCCCUGUACCAGUUGCUUCGGUACCAUCAGAAUUUGCACCAGCUGCUCAACCUCGUAGUAUGUCAUCAUCUGGUCAAUUCUUUGUCGAUAUGCAAAAUGCUCCAGAUAAAGUUAAUCCAGCAGUAGUUCCUGCAGCUCCAUCAGUAGCCACUACUUCAUCAUUUUUUCCAACCGUUCCAUCAGCAGCUUAUUCAUCUCCAAUGUUCCCACAGCAAAGCGUCGCAUCUGCUGCUUCUUUUGGUGCACCCACACCCGUUUCCUUUCAAGCCACAUUGAUUCCUGGUCCACUUUAUCCAUAUGGCCCUCCACAUGGUGGACCGUUUGGUCGUCGGCCUCCUCCUCCUUCACCUCCAGCUAACCAGAAUCCUAUGCCUUUUGGACUUUUCGGUGGUCAUCCUAUGGCACGUUAUGGACUUUUUGGUGGUCAGCCUCUCUCAAGUUUUAGAUUUCUUGGUGGUCCACAACUUCCACCUUUCAUGCCUUUUGGUGGUCAAUCUUUCCCACCUUUCAUGCCUUUUGGUGGUCAAUCUUUCCCACCUUUUAGACCCAUUGGUGGAUCAUUCGGUUCCAAUCUACCUACCAGUGAACCUCUUGGCUCAGAUUUCGAACUUCUUGUAUACCCAGCUGAUGAUGAUUCCAACGAAAAUCGUGAAGAUGGUGCCUCUAAAGGUGAUGGUAAAAGUGACGACAAAGUCAAUAAAAAUGGUAGCAAAACAUCAGAUAAAGGCAAUCCAGGAAAAUCAUCUUCAAAUGGUGAUUUCAAAAAUCGUGGAAAUAAAGUUAGAGAUGAUGAUUAUGAUGAUGAAGAAUAUGAUUAUCCAAAUACUAUCUAUCGUAAAAAGCGUCAAUAUGGCUCUUAUGGUACAACUGUUUCACAAGUAUCAACAAUUCCUGCAGCUGAACUACAACAAUAUCAAACUAGUUAUAACCCGCUUCAAUCUGCAUCGUUUAAUUCAUUACAACAGCCACGUUUAGUUCCAAAUGAAUUAACUCGUCAACCAUCACUUAAAUUAUCACCAUGCUUUAAUAAAUCACCAAGAAGUAAUAUUGCACAUCCAACAGAUGCUAGAAAGUUUAUAGCAUGUUUAACUAGAUUUCAUUAUGAAAUCAUGGAUUGUCCAAGUGGUCUUAUUUACAAUCCAACAAUUGAUCAAUGUGAAAAAAGAAAAAAUCUUGAAGCAAUUUGUGAACGUGAACAACCAUGUAUGAACAAUGGUCAAUGUUAUCAAACAAGUCCAACAACAUAUAAAUGUACUUGUCGUGGUGCUUGGACAGGUGAACGAUGUGAAAUACCAUUAUCAACUUGUGCUAUGAAUCCAUGUGGUCCAGGUAAUGAAUGUCUAACAUUAAAAACAGGUGAAUACAAGCAAGAUUAUGUUUGUGUAUGUGACGAAGGUCAAUCAUAUGGUUUAAGCUGUGGACGAAAUACUGUACCAAAUCCAUGUUUAGGUGCAACAAGUGAACAAGAACAAUAUUAUCCAUUUAAAUUCAGUCCUCAAGCUUUUAUUCAAUGUAAUGGUGAUAUACUCUGGGUUCAACCAUGUGCAGCUGGUUUAUAUUGGAAUCAAGAAGAAAACGUUUGUGAUCGAAUUGAACUAUUACCAACAACACAAGGUAACAGUCAAUCACAAUCAUAUGAAAUUAUCUAUGGUAAUAAUGAACAACAAUCAGCAUAUAUUCGUCCAAUACCUAAUUUAACUGAUCAACAUCUUGUUAAACAACAAACUUAUCAACAACGAUUAGAACAAACCAAACAACCACAAAUCGUAGUUAAUGAACAGAGUUCAACAUCAGUAAAUAAAGUUGUUCCAGUUCCACGACAACCAACUGUUAAUGCAUUUCAAGCGUUUUCUCAACAUUCGAAACAAAAAUCAUCAAUGCCAACAAAUAAUUAUGUGAUGGCACAAGAACAACCAAUUCUCACUAGUCGAUCAUCAUGGUCAACACCAGUUGUAUUAUCCAAAACUGUUCAUACAUAUUUACCAAAACCACAAUAUGCUCAAACAUAUAAUGAACCACCAUCAAUAUUACUUAAUCAUCAACAACCAAUACAACCAACCGCUCAUCUAGUCAAACCAGAAUUGCAUAGAAAUUUCAAUAAACAAUAA